GCGGCCCCGGCGGCUAGAGCGUCCUCCUCCCGGGGAGCCGCGUGUGACCUUCCCGCCCGCGGACCGAUGCUGUCCGCAGCCGCUCGCCCCAUUUGGGGGCCGUGUCUCAGGCUUCAGGGCGCUGCGCUCCGUCUCGCCAGGCAACAGGUGCCGCGCGUCUGCGCUGUGCGGCUGAUGAGAUGCAGCAGCCGUCGGAGGGGGGAGGCCCUCGCCGGUGCCCCGCUGGAUAACGCGCCCAAGGAGUACCCCCCCAAGAUCCAGCAGCUGGUCCGGGACAUCGCCAGCCUGACGCUCCUGGAGAUCUCCGAUCUCAACGAGCUUCUGAAGAAAACGCUGAAGAUCCAGGAUGUCGGACUCAUGCCGAUGGGCGGCGCGAUGCCUGGAGCUGCCCCGGCUGCGGCAGCAACCCCCGAGGUGGCAGAAGAUGAUGUCCCGGCACAGAAAGAACAGACGCACUUCACCGUCCGCUUGACAGAGGCAAAGCCUGUGGACAAAGUGAAGCUGAUCAAGGAAAUCAAGAACUACAUCCAGGGCAUAAACCUCGUUCAGGCAAAGAAGCUGGUGGAGUCCCUGCCCCAGGAAAUCAAAGCCAAUGUCGCCAAGGCCGAGGCAGAGAAGAUCAAGGCAGCCCUGGAGGCGGUGGGCGGCACUGUGGUUCUGGAGUAGGCCAGCUCUGAGGACUGGUGGACAGGGGUGCCUGGGACCUGGGUGAGGCCCCAGCAUCUGGGCCCCGCUGGGGGGAGCGGCCUCCGGACAGGACGGCACUGGUGCCUAUGGGCCGACUCCGUCAGGCGGAUGGACCUACCGAGCCUGGAGGCACGGCUCCUGUGUGAGCGAGCGCCAGGGAGACGGACUCUAGAACAUAUCGCGGUCAACGCGCACCCCCUGGUGGCCACUGAGAAAAAUACAUUGUUCGGGCGCGGUG